AUGGCUCCGUGGUCUCAGGGGAACAGCUCUCUAUCCUCGUGGCCAGACGCCCCCACCCUGGAGCCCAAUGCCGCCAACACGAGUGGGCUGCCAGGGCUGCCGUGGGCGGCGGCACUAGCGGGGGCGCUGUUGGCGCUGGCGGUGCUGGCGACGGUGGGAGGCAACCUGUUGGUGAUCGUAGCCAUCGCCCGGACACCGAGACUCCAGACCAUAACCAACGUGUUUGUGACUUCGCUCGCCGCAGCAGAUCUGGUCGUAGGGCUUCUGGUAGUGCCCCCGGGGGCCACUUUGGCACUUACUGGCCACUGGCCCCUGGGCGCUACUGGCUGCGAGCUGUGGACCUCAGUGGAUGUGCUGUGUGUGACGGCCAGCAUCGAAACUUUGUGCGCCCUGGCUGUGGACCGCUAUCUGGCUGUGACCAACCCGCUGCGUUAUGGCUCGCUGGUCACCAAGCGCCGCGCCCGCGCGGCCGUGGUCCUGGUGUGGGUCGUGUCCACCGCUGUGUCGUUUGCGCCCAUCAUGAGUCAGUGGUGGCGCAUGGGGGCCGACGCCGAGGCGCAGCGUUGCCACUCCAAUCCGCACUGCUGCGCCUUCGCCUCCAACAUGCCCUACGCGCUCCUCUCCUCCGUGGUCUCCUUUUACCUUCCGCUUCUGGUUAUGCUCUUCGUCUACGCGCGAGUUUUCAUCGUGGCCACGCGCCAGCUGCGCUUGCUGCGCCGGGAGCUGGACCGCUUUUCCCCAGAAGACUCUCCGCCGGCCCCGGCUCGCUCUCCGCCCCCGGCGCCCUCUGCCCCUGAGGCGGCUCCUCCGGCGGCGGGGCCCUCCUGCGGCCGGCGGCCCGCGCGCCUCCUGCCUCUCCGAGAACACAGGGCCCUGCGCACCUUGGGACUCAUCAUGGGCACCUUCACUCUCUGCUGGUUGCCGUUCUUUGUGGCCAACGUGGUGCGCGCUGUCGGCGGCCCCUCUCUGGUGCCCAGCCCUGCUUUUCUCGCCCUCAACUGGCUGGGGUAUGCCAACUCAGCCUUCAACCCACUCAUCUACUGCCGCAGCCCGGACUUUCGCAGCGCCUUCCGCCGCCUGCUAUGUCGCUGGGGCAGCUGCCGGCCAGCGGAGCCCAGUGCCACUGCCACCACCUCCCCAACCCGUGACCUCUGCGGUGCCUCUGAGGCCCUGACCAGCCUUGCGGGCUCUAGGCUGUGCCCAACACUCGACAGGUAG